AUGUCAAUUAAGCUAUAUCUUCGAAACGGGUCGGAUCGACAACGCCAACAAAACGGAAUGAAGGUAACAGUUGAAGACAGAAAUGGUCAAAAACAUCAAUGCGGAGAGACAUACAAUCAACUUACUCAAGGACAAUAUCCCACUUUUGAAUGUAGAAAUGGAAUUCUUUCUUGUUUCAUUCGCCUAACUCUUGACCAUACUAAGAAAACGCCAGUUCGAAAUAAACCAAUUCAAGUAUGUGAAUUAGAAGUGUUUGUAGUUAGUGAAUGUGGAAAUCCUCCUCCAAUUCGUUUUGCUGCACGUGACUUCCAGUCAGUAACGAUCAAAUCCCAGGCGACGUACACAUGUAUGCCAACCUAUUUGCCAACUUCUUCUCAAACAAUUACUUGUCUUAGUCACGGUAACUGGUCGCUGUCAUUAUCUCCCUGUGUUCCUUCAUGUAACGUACCGCAAGAGAGAGUAAAAAACGCAUCUACUAAGCUGCCUAACAAGACAAGACAGCCAGUUGGCAGUACAGUCAACUAUACAUGUGAUAGCGGCUAUAUGAAAAAAGGCCAAAACAAGCUAACCUGCAAUUCAAGCGCAGAGUGGGAAGGAGAAAUAAUCUGCCAAGAAUUUUUCUGCGAUCAUAUGCCUGUGUUGCAGCAAGGAAGAGUUGAAGGAAAUAGCAACAAGGUACGUUUUUCGUGUUUUUAUGGCUACCGACUGAAGAAUGCGGGUAGCGCAUAUUGCGGAGAAAACAACACCUGGAUAUAUCUCAAUAAACAACCCCCAGCAUGUCAAGUUAUGAAAUGCCAAGAACUCGAAUUAGAAAACGGAAUUGUACCAAAGCACAACUUGACAGUAAACAGUACAAUCAAAUUUGCAUGUAAGAAAGGCUACGAGAGGAAAGGCAUCAAUUCACGUAAAUGUGUCUCUAACAAUAAAACCGCUUUCUGGGACCCAUCUGAUCCUGUCUCAUGCCAAGUUAAAAGGUGCCAGAAGCCAGCUAAACCUACGAACGGGAGCAUUACUGGCCAAGAGUACACUUAUUCUAAGAUCAUUCAUUUUCAAUGUGAUAAUGGCCAUGACAUCAAGGGCAUCGCCAAUUUCAGCUGCAACGAGAAUGGAGAAUGGGUUGACGCUGACUCGAAAUCUUCUAUUGUCUUUCCCACUUGCCAUCCAAAGAACUGCGGGAAACCAAGAGUACUUCAAAAUGCAAAAUUUACAGAGAAAAGCUACGUGUUUCCUAACAAAAUCACAUACAAGUGCAAAAAAGGAUACUGUGCUAAAGGAAACCUAACCACUAGAUGUCUUGCAAAUGGAAAAUGGUCUGCUGAAGAUCGUUCUUGUAAACGUGUAAAAUGUUCAAUGUUGACAUCACCCAUGAACGGCUCUGUGAGACCAGAUACGAACCAAGAAAUAACUGUUGGAUUUCAAGCAAACUUUGCCUGUAAUCCUGGGUAUAUAUUAAUUGGAAACUCAACAAUUUACUGUCAGCAAAAGGAAAAUCCGUUUGACUGCCAAGGAAAAUGGUCAGAAAAUGAGCCAAUCUGUAAACCAAGGAGGUGUGGAAAGCCAAUUAUAGCAGAUCCUCAAAUUAGAAAGAUUGUUGGAGAUAAAUUUUAUUUUCCAGAAGUGAUUCAAUUCCAAUGUGUUAAUGGCUAUAAUCUUCGAAAAGGAGGAGCUCGUUGGCAUUGUAGUCAUGACGGAAUUUGGAUUGAUACUGAGAACAGUAAAAGUAGAAAAUAUCCAAUAUGCAAACCCGUUAAGUGUGAAAAACUUACAAAUCCAGAAAAUGGUAAAAUGGAGGGUCAGAAUUUCGAAUUUCUUGCUGAAGUCAAAUUCUCGUGCAACAGAGGCUAUUGCAUUAAGGGUAGCUUAGGCUCAAACUGUCAAGCUUCUGGUAAAUGGUCCAGUGAGCCACCACGCUGCAAUCGAGUAAAAUGCAACAAACCAUCUAAACCAAAGUUUGGUCAAAUAUCAGUCAACACGACUGAUAUAUUUGUUGACUUCAUAGCAACUUAUCAGUGUAACAAUGGUUACGAUAUCAAUGGAAACAGUUCUCUUCACAAAUAUGAAAGAAUUUGUAUGCAAAAUGAGACAAUCAAUCACUGUGUUGGGAAAUGGUCAAAUACACAGCCGGUGUGCAAACCAAAACGUUGUCCCACAGUAAUGAAGCAAAACAAAAGAACAAUAUUGGGCGAAGUAUAUGAGUACUCACACUCUAUCACUAUUGUCUGUGAUGAUGGUCACGAACUUCGUGGUGGCAGUAGCGUGUGGAAUUGCUCUGAGCAAGGAACAUGGAUUGACACAAUGACCGAAAAGAGUGGCGAACUACCCUCAUGCGAACGAUUUUUUUGCGAUCACAUGCCUGUGUUAAAAAAUGGAAGAGUUCAAGGAAAUACCAACAAGGUAAUUUUUUCGUGCUUUUAUGGCUACCGACUGAAGAACGCGGGGAGUGCAUAUUGUUGGGAAAAGAAUACUUGGAGAUAUCUCAAUAAUCAACCCCCAACAUGUCAAGUUAUGAAAUGCCAAGAAAUCGAAUUAGAAAAUGGAAUUGUACCAAAGCACAACCUAACAGUAAACAGCACUAUCACCUUUGCAUGUAAGAAUGGCUACAAGAGGAAGGGCAUCAAUUUACGUAAAUGUGUCUCAAACACUACCACCGCUUUCUGGGACCCAUCUGAUCCUGUCUCAUGCAAAGGUUCGUUAGAAAUGGACAAACUUGAUUCCUUUACAUUUCUUAUCAUUACAUAA